GUACCUACUACGUACAUGUAGAUAGGUAUCUAAGUACAUCUCACUUCCUGAAGGUGCUGAGUACGCCUCACUUCAAAGUUGAUGGUGUAAGUAGCGGGCACGCGUUGGCAAUUUACUGGCAUCAAGGUGCAGCAAUGCCAUCUAUCCUGUCUUUAUAGGUGCGACUUGUCUUGAGCCUCGAUUCAGUCUGGCAGCUGCUAGGUAUUCUGCGCUCCAGCCUGUCGGAUCUCGCCCCGCCUCCUCUGGGACCUGUCGACAUAUUGUGACUGUGACGUAUCAUAAGUCGAACUUCUCGGGUUAUGUCGAUACAUGAUGAUGCAGUGCCUUCUCUUACUCAAAGACCCAACGAACAACUCGAAGGGACAGAGCAGAGUUCUGCACAAGAGCUAGGGUUCGAUUCAAUUGGAAGUUACACUUAACUGCCUCGUCUUCGUCUAGCUGCCUCGAAGCUGGAAAGCCAACUCGUAUUGCAAUUUUGGGCCCGACUUGUCGGGCGCUGACAGUCCAGCUUGCCGCAGUCCUUUCCCUCUCUUUGCCACUUCUCUUCUCCUCCUUUUUUGUGCUCAAGGACAGCAGCCAACCCGAGUAGGAUCUCCAUCGGGCACGCGUUACUGGCACCCGCCUAAUCAAGAAUCCCCAAUACGUAUCCUAUCUGAGACGGCGCAAUGGCAUCUCUCCAGACUCAUGUCUUGGUCGACGAUGAAUGGGUGACCCGUACCGUAACCGCUGAGGAACUCAUUGGGAUGGCGUCCCAUUCUCGUACUAAAUCGGCGGUGCCGUCGUCUCCGAAAGUGCCAAAGUGUGGCAUUCUUACUAAAACAGCCAUUGAAAGCCCCGUUAUCCGCUGGGUUUUUCCCGCGCAGCUACGGUCGUUCCGCUACAAUGACGUAGCUUUAGUAGGGGAUCAAUUUGUUCAAAUCUCCGAACUUGGCCCAGAUGGCCAAUUGAAAUCUGUUACCCGGAAAGUAUACACUUGCUCGAAGCUCCGGAAAUGCCAGGUUAUAGGGGCUCAUGACUACCUAAGAAAACGCAACCAGGAUGUCAAGGCUAGCCGUCACCAAACCAGCGACGAUGUCUCAACUUCUUUGCUCGGAGAUAUGGAAUUGUUCCAGCAGGUACUCGUAUUAGUGCUCUCUAAUGGCCAGCUUGAGUUUCUGUUCAUGAGCGAAAACAGAAAUGGUGGCUGGGACUUCGUCUCAUCAAAGCAUCAUAUUUCUAGUGGAAAACUGGUAGAUCCAGGGUUUCACAUGACGGUCAGCCCCGAUUGGCAAUACAUGUCUCUCGCUUGCUCCGAAAAUCUAUUCAUCGUAUAUCAGCUGGAUUCAAUAGAAAAUCUUCGCAGAAAGUUUAGCGAGGGGCUACCCAUACAGCCCAUUAGAUCAGUACAGGCACGAGCAGUGAGGGGUGUUAUUCACAAACUUGAAUUCCUUUACACUGACUCAAUAAACGCAUCCCAUGUUGUCUUGUCCACUAUAAUCGCACGAUCGGGGGUGCUCAGAUUAGCCAUCUACCAAUGGGAGGAUUCCGAGUCGUUGCAAGAUGCGCUGAACGAUGAAAUUACAGGUAUUAGACUCGAUGUAACCGCUGGGCUCCCUGUGCUGAUUAUACCGUUGACUAUUGGUUGUCAGUUUUUACUCAUAACGGAAAGAUCUAUGAGAAUAUGCUCAGAAGUCCUUGGUGGCUCUCCGACUUUCGCUGAUUUUCCAUUGGCGCAUAAAGAUGCCACCGAUUGGCACUAUGGCACUCGCCCUCCAAUGUGGAUAGCUUGGACACGGCCGUUGCGAGAGGAGUCCUACCACGCAGCUACUGACCUCAUAUACUUAGCUAGAGAAGAUGGCUGGAUAAAUCUUCUAGAGAUCAAUGAUUAUGGUAUCGAGUCGAGUUUAUACAUGGGCCCGCUAGAAUGCAACAUCGAUUCUUCAUUUGCCGCUCUCAGCUCAUCUCAUGGAGAUAUUAUUGUGGCAAGUGGAAAUCAUGGCCACGGAAAAAUUUGGAUCCUGGAAGCAAGACGUGAUCCCAAGCGUAUCGGUCAACUGCUUAAUUGGUCACCUACAGUUGACAUGUUAUUGACAAAGCCUGAGAAACUUUCAAAACGACCGUCCUCAACUGAGAAAGGUACGAGUAGUGUGUCAGCCUCAGGGCGGAUAUUUGCUUGCUCUGGCAGAGACCGAUCUGGUGCUAUUGUCGAGCUACGUUAUGGGAUUGAAGGCAAGAUUGGCCUGGAUCUCUUGUAUACCUCGCCCAUUAAAAGGUGCUGGGCGGUCCCCAGCUUGGAUUCUGCAACACGAGGAGGGUUCUUUAUGCUACUCGCGCUUCCGGAAAAUUCAGCCGUUCUACAUAUCUCACAAGAUCUCUCUGAGGUAUCCGAGAAAGAUCAUGGUGAAGUAAUGUUUGACCUUCUCUCGACUACACUCGCGGUCCAUGUGUCUAGGGACACUGUGAUCCAAGUAACGACUAUGCAUGCGACAAUUAUAUCUCCACAUGGCUGUUAUCAACAUAGGUUCGAUAUGAUCGAGGAUCAAUUAGCGACUAUAACAGAUGCUGCCAUAGCCGAUGAGACCAUUGCUUUAUCAAUCUACUCACACAACACUUUCAAAUUAAUUGCAUGUCGUUUCGAUGAAGCUAGAUUUGUAUCACAUAAAACCCUCGACCUGGACGGUGAAGUCACAGCCCUGUCUAUGGCUACGUUCUCCUUUGGAGUUUGCAUUCUGGUUGGCAUCUCGCAAAGGGACUCGUCGACUUUGGCCAUAUUUUCCAUCCAAUGGGACGAACAUGGGAUGCAAAUACCAACUAGCAGUCAGCGAGAACCAAUAUUCUUAACAUUGAGGGAGGGUAAAGACGCCGAAUCCAUGACAGUCAAUGCUGUGACUAGCAUAACAUGUGUCGGCAAUGAUAACAUAGUGGUUGGUAUGAGAAAUGGGGAAGUUCUCACAAUAUGCCCAACGGGCGAUCGUCAGCCUGAGCAUGGCUUCAUGGUAAUCAGAACAAAUCAUUUCGGAAUGUCCCCAGCCUACGUGUUCACUGGGCCAGUCCUGGCCACCGGUCCAUCGAGUCUCGUCUGUAACGAUACAGGAAUUGCCAUCGUGAAAGAACCAGUUGAAUCCCCCAAGCAAGGCUAUUUUGAGCAAAUUUUCCAAGUUUGGCUAACCGACGCUAAUGAGCCGCAUUUACCAUCCCCCAUAGUACAUUCUGUCACAGGAUUGCACCAAAUACCGGGCUACGACAGCUCAACAUGGGCUAUGAUUUCUGGGCCACGUAUAUAUAUAACAGAAUUACAACCCUGUCCUGAACCAGUUCCCCGGUACCUACCCCUUGGAGGUACCCCUAAAGCGAUGCUAUACUCGGAGCCACUGGAUGCGCUCGCAACUGUGGUUGUGAAGAGUGGCAUCUAUUCUUUACAUUUCCUCGACCCUACGACAGGAAUUGACCUAUCUCGCCCAUUAAAGAAAAUCCAAAACUCUGACGAUGGGUAUGCAGAGGUCGACUACAUAACCUAUCUAGGCAGUUCAGACAUCAAAAUCUCCUCUUUACUAAAAUGGCGGUAUGAGCGCGAUGGGUAUUCCUACGAGUGGUUUGCCAUACUGGCUAGAUCGAGAGAAAACCAAGGACUCCUUUUGGUCGUCUCGGCAGAGAAAGAGAAAGAAGCGGCCAUCGGAAACACGGAAACCCCACGUCGAAUCCGCUUCUGGACUAUGAUCUAUAAGAAAUUCAAGGACGCAUUGCGAUUGGGGGCAACCGACGAAAACGGGCUGUUUGUGAACUUCAAUACAACCAUCGAGUAUUAUGUUGUUCGGGACAAGAAAUUCAAAUGUGCCAUGUCAUAUGAGCUUCCAUCACCAGCUACAAGUUUAGAAGUGGUUGAGGGACAUUUGCAUGCCCUUACUACCCACCAUUCUCUCAUCGUGCUUGAUUACAAGUCCGAAUCUGCCCUCACAACCGAGCGGAUGAUCCGGCUGCACACAGAUGAACUCUCUCGUAACGGGCUUGACUCAAUUAGUGUAUCUCUACCUACUGCUCCAGAACGACAACAACGUCUAAGCUUGGUCUCAGAUCCUAUGUGCGGCGUCUAUGGAUUGUGGCCGCCAGGCAAACCCAUGUGCACUACUAGUUUGCAAUUGAUCUUCCAGGCACAUUUAGGGGCAUCGAUUCGGAAGUUUGUCUAUGGGUUCAGUCAACCACCUUGGACUCGGGAUCAACCUCGAUACGCCCGUUUACGGUGCCUGCCAUCUCAAAACAGCAUACUUGGCAUUGCGAUAGAUGGGUCGGUGACACAACUAUCGAUUCUUGACGAGGAUGCCUGGCGGCUGUUGGAAUUCAUUCAAAGUCAACUGCUACUCGCGUUAGAGGAACCCUACCCCACCCGUCAUGAUGGUGUAGGGGACCCUCGGCUGUACACAACCCUUAUUCCUGCGAGCAAAGGGCACGUCAAUGGAGAUGUGUUGCAGGGUUGUGUUGAGAACAGAUCCCUGGCACAGGUAAUCUCAAAUUCACAGCAACUGGUCGAGCUCCAGGGGCUACUCGCGCCGUUCGGACUAGUCAAUACGGAGUUGGAAAAUCUGUCUGCGACGGACAGCACACUCCUGAUUUACCAGUACACUUAUGAUCUCUUAAAUUAUUACCUUGCUUCUGCGAUAUGAGGGUGCUAUUCGGAAACUACAGACUUCUCGUCUUUAUCUCACGCAAUGGAAGGGCUAAUUGUCGCUCACUCACGGGGAUUUCUGUACUUAGUCAGUCGGCCAGCAAAUACGCUGGGGAGGUUGUGAAGGACUGUCGAUAUCAAGGCUUGACUGAAGGUACUAUAAUAUGCUCAUGUCAAUAAUAUGGCUACGGUAUGUCAAUCGUAUUUGCUUUUCUCCUCGUAUCUGCGUUAGUGAUAGUAUUUAAAUAUCCACUACCUUAAGUACCUACAUACUUAGGUACCUAGGUGUAAGGUACCUAUGUAGGUCGAAGUAUGUAUCUCCCUGUAAGAAUAGAGACAACCUGGAAU